AUGGAGGGUAUGGACAACGGCAACAGCGGCAACGGCAGCAACGGCAGCAAGCGGCAGAUGCUAUACGACUUCGUUCGCAAGACUAAAGAGGUCUACAUUCCAAAUAUAAGGCAGAUGACCUCCAAGCCUUACAUGCCGGAUGGUAUGGCGAGAGAUGGGCCCUCAGACAUCUCAAAUUCCCAGUAUCCCGAAAACAUGUUUAUCCAGUACUACCCUUCAUACUAUACCAGAAACGACAUCAACGAUGGGAGGAAAGCGCUAUACGACGUGGUCAUAAGGCUGAAUAUUUUAGAACCCGGAGAUAUAACGAGGCGGAGAAAUAGGGUGCUACUAUCUCUAUGUAAGCAGUAUCUCAAACCGGGAAACUCAGACCCCGAUGCAAUACAAUCCGAAACCGAUUUGAGUCAGGCAAAAGGUUUCAAUGAGGAGGAAUUAGAGACGUUGACAAACAGAAUACAAGGGUUUCUUUGCGCAAGAGUGCCCGGCGCACCUUUGCUAAUUACUUUGCAUGGCGACACUCCAAAUGAUAUACAUAAAAUAGAAAUACAGGCCGAUAAUAUAGGCUAUGUUGAAACGAGUGUAAUGACCGAAUUUGAGCCCCGGAGAAUUAAUAUCACAGUUCAAACACCAGACUAUUUUCCCGCUAUAGUAACAAAGGACGUGUCUAACUUAACCUACAUAAAACAGGAUGGUUGGGGCCUUAUCAGUGAUAUAGAUGACACAAUAAAGCAUACUGGUAUAACGGGUAAUAAGAAAUCAAUGUUCAGAAAUGUAUUUGUUCAUGAAUUUGAACGUUGGAAGAUAGACGGUAUGCCAUCCUGGUACUACACCUUGAGAGACGUUUACAAUUUUGAUUUCUUUUAUGUUUCGAAUUCCCCGUUACAGUUAUAUCCCGUUUUGGUGAAUUUUAUAGAAUCAAAUUACCCAAGAGGACCGAUAUUCUUAAAGCAAUACACUGGUAAUUUUAUGAAGAGUUUGAUGACAUCCAGUGCCAAUAGAAAAAGCGGGAAGAUCAGGUCCAUCUUGGAAGAUUUCCCAAAUAAGAAAUUUAUUCUUGUUGGGGACUCCGGUGAGCAGGAUUUGGAGGCAUACACUAAAUUAGCAUGUGAGUUCCCAGACCAGAUUCGUGCAAUAUUUAUUAGAUGCUGUAGUAACUCUUUGAGCGAUUUCUCAGUUGAGGAUAAAAACAUAAUGAAGACACUGAAUGAACUGAUACAGAGACUUUACUUCAAUAAAUCAGUUGGCUCAUCUACAACCAGUCUGCCAAUCUCAAGGAAAUCCUUUAGAGACGACUUGGUUGAUAAUAUAAGAAAAAUACCACCUUUACCUUUACGAAGAAGAACAACAGCAGAGGUUGCUAGACCAGUUGAUUCGUUUGCAAGAGAUACACCCGUUUCAAGAAGAUCGACAACCGAUCGGUUAAGGCGUCCUCCUCCUCCUAUUCCUAACAAACGGAUACAAUUAUCUAGAGAGCAAGAAGAAUCUAUUAUGGCAACAAGGCAUCUCAACUCUGACGACCAUAGAUCUAAUGCUGAUGAGAGCCCUAAAAGACCGCCAGCAUUACCACCAAGGAGAACUGAUUCAACACUUUACGACACCAUACAAGAUAAAAGCUCUUUGUCUCCGUCUGCAUCCUCCAUUUCCUCUUCAGCGCAAUCCUCGGUAUCCGAAGGGUUCUUUAUUCCAUCAUCUCAGAACGAUAUGGAAGGCACUGGGACAAUCGUGGAUAAAAGGGCUGAUAAUUGGCAAGGACGAGUUAUUAAUGCUAUUGAUGAGUUGAAAAGCGCUAAUGUUAAUGUGCACUUUGCAUUUUUCAUGGAACCGGAACUGUGUCUCGAGGAUUCUCUUUCAAUCAUCGAAUCCACUAAGGAGAGAACACCAUCUGAGAAAUAA